AUGUGAGCAGCAGAUACUUGGAGACAGAGGUGGAUUCGGGAAAAGAUGGCCACCGCUCUGCUGCUCCUGCUUCAGCUGGUCUCACUGGCGUCUGCAGCACAUCACUACGGGGGAACCGUGUCCUUCAGCUACAAAGGAAGAAACCCUGAUGGAUCAUUUAGGGUGGACUUUCGAAACAGGGCGACCUAUGAUGGGUGUCAGUAUUCCCAUUCCUGGAGCUGUUACAACAACAACUGUGGCUAUGUCACUAAUCAACAGAGAGGCACAAUUGACAGGAGCACCAAUGCACCGCAAUUUAACAGACAAUGGUGUGAAACAGAAACAGUUCAACAAAGAAAAGUCGCAACUGACAAACCGUUUCAGAUGAGGGCAAGUAGCUGUUGUUGGACCAGAACACGAAACAGAGUUUCAGGUUGGAGACUUCUAACUCAAGUAGAUUUGGGAACAAGAUCUGACACUGGCAAACCAAACAGAUCCCCAGACAUUGCCAUUCUACCUUUCCUACGAGUUCCCCAGAACUGCCCACGGACCUACAAGCUGAUGUCCUUCGACCCUGAUGGUGACACAGUUCGCUGCAGAUAUGGAAAUAUCAGAAAUAUAGAGUGCAGCGGAUGUAACCAACCUUCAGGCUUUGUCUUGGAUCAGGGUUCCUGCUCAUUACAUUACCGCAAUGCCAACGCCGACCCAAGUGUUUUUGGAUUUGAGUUGGUGGUGGAGGACUUCCCGCAAAGGCCCAUCUCUCUGUCCUACACCGAUGGAACCCAAUCCUACAAGGCUCCACUGAUUCCCAUGAGGCAUAAACGAGCCUUGAACAAUACAUACCUGCAUGGCACCACGCCUCCUCUCAGUAAACUGCCUUUGCAAUUCUCCUUUCUUGUGGACCCACCUGCUCCCUCGUGUGUUGAUGGACUCUACUUGCCAAAGUUUGUGCACCCAACACCUGCAAAUGGACAACACAUCAAUGCCGAGGACAACAAAAAAGUGGAGAUCAGAGUCCGAGCAAAAGCUUCACAUGCAACACUACAUGAUAUCAUCAUCAGUGGGCCACUGAAUACCAGAAAGCACAGAAGCACACGUGGAGACUUUGUCAUUAGGUGGACGCCUGGCCCUGAUGAUGUGGGGGAUCAUUACCCAAUCUGCUUUGCUGUUGAAUCAGUAAUCGAUCCCGCCUCUACCAUCCCCACCCCAGCCAAAACCUAUCACAAGGACCAUGUCCACGUCCCCGAAUCUCCACAGUCCGGAAUCUAUCAGUCCGAGAUGAGGUGCGUUCUGGUGAACAUCGGUAAAAGACUAAUUAAAUCCCAUGUGACCUGCCAUGAGUCCUCAAUGACGGUAGAGGUUACCAGAUCUUCUCUCCCUGGACUUCAUGAGCAUCAUUUACGCCUCAAUGACCCCAGCAACACGGCCUGCAACCUGCAGAGGAACUCCAACAGCACGCACAUCAUCGCGGUCGUACCCCUCAACUCCUGCGGCACUCAGAUCGAGGAAGAUGAGGAAAACCUGGUUUUCAAAAAUGAAAUCACCACGGUGGACAACAUUAACGACCUGAUCACCAGGAACCACCUGCUGGAGGUCCAGUUCUACUGCCAGUACCCCAAACGUGGGAACGUGUCGCAGGGCUUCACAGCACACAGGAGGAAUGUGGUGGUGUGGGAUAAAGGCUUCGGAAAGUUCACCUAUGAGUUUGAGUUCUACCCAAACAGCCAAUAUAGAAAAAUGGUUGAUCCAGGGCUGUACCCUUUGGAGUACGAUGUGACGGAAAGGAUCUACAUGCAGAUAGAGGCCAAAUUUACCGUCAACAAUACCCAGCUGUUUGUGGAGUCCUGCAGCGCGGCGCCGUAUGACACCCCCAACUACUGGCCAACAUACUCCAUCAUCGAGAAUGGGUAG